GACCACACCCAAUUCUAAAAUCUGAAUUUUCUGAAUGGCUGCUCGUGUUUUCCUUUCCUGUACUGCUUCUAAAUCAGUGAUUAGUUCAUUAUUUAAGAUGUCUACGAGUAGCAGUAUAUUUAGACACUCGUCUACUGCUAGUUCAGUUACAUUAGAGUGCAAGGGAUCAGUGGCUAUCAUUAAAAUGUGUAAAGGAGAGAAUAGGUUCACUCCAACCUUCUUUAAAGAAUAUUUCAAAGCAUUGGACGACAUAGAAAGUAAUAAAGAUAUAAAAGCAUUGAUCACAACUGGUGAUGGCAAAUUCUAUUCUAAUGGACUAGACCUUGAUAACUUCCCAUCUUAUUCACCUGAAGAUGUUAGAGUUCUCUUUGACGUCAAUUUGAAUACUUUAUUUAAAAGAAUGCUGACAUUUCCAGUAAUAACAAUAGCAGCAAUAAAUGGUCAUUCAUUUGCAGGUGGUGGCCUAUUAGCAUUAACACAUGACUAUAGACUAAUGAAGAGAGAGAGAGGUUGGUUCUCACUGCCUGAGGUACUCUUGAAGAUGGAAUUGACUAAACCAUUAAUGGAACUAGCAAAAGCCCGUCUCCCACCCAGCACAUACACUGAUUGCAUACUGAUUGGUAAAAGGUACACUGGAGAGGAGGGAAAAGCAGUUGGUAUAAUACAUGAAGUAUUAGAUGGAGAUAAACUAAUGGAGAGGGCAAUAGAGUUAGGAGAAGAGAUAGGACAAGCUAAUCUUGACCGAGAUACACUCAGUCAGUUAAAGAAUGGACUUAAUCAUACUGCACUGAUACCUAUCAGUAAACCACACGAGUACUAUCCUAAACUAUAGAUAGAGAGAGGGAGAGUCAUGGAUUCUCAAUUGUAUGGACACAUGCACACACGAUGUUGAAUAAUAAUUAUGUUCCAGUUUUAAUUAUUAUUAUUAUUCCAGCCACUCCUGAAUACGCCACAGAUUUAAAUCUAGUCAUCAGUUAGCAUCAAAUUGUCAGAUUUUUUACAAAAUCAUUACUUUUCAUUAACCAGCCAUUAUCAUUUUACAUGAUCCAUUCACAAUUUCACAUUUAAUUG